AUGCAUAUUGCAGCGCUCUUCGGUCAUUGCAGUGCAUGCAAAGGUCUUUUAGAAGCUGGUUGCAGACCCAACGAUCAAGAUGAGGAUGGACGUACGGCCUUGAUUUUAGCUGCUGAGGACGGAUAUGAUUCCAUCGUCAAUCUACUUCUAGCUGCAGGUGCAUCGGUGAAGAUUGUGUCGUCGACGAGCGUGACAGCAUUGUCAACUGCCGCGGCGAAUGGCCAUGCUGAAGCAGUGCGGCUUCUCUUGAGUCAAGGAGCGGACAAGGACUUCGUGAUGGAAGAGAGGAUACCUACGUUGCUCACCGAAAUAUACUGCGGACAUCGUGAUGUGGUGGAUCUGCUGAUUGAAAAGGCAGCAUCAAUCUUGAGUCUAGGUCGAAAUCGUGGACGCCGUUAUUCCUCGCCGCUGUCAGGGACCAUAUGGCAACAGUGA